CCUCUUUCUUUACUAUCUAUAUAUUUUAUAUGAGUCACUCAAUACAUUGCUAAUUAACAAUUACAAUCACAGCUUAGUCACUGCUCAUUCAACAGUUCUUAUAAAUCAAUAGUUACCCACAUACAAGGCAUCACUCAAAGAUAUACGGGUAAUAUGGGAUGACAAACAUGUCGACAGUAGACCACCUCCAAAGCCUCCAUAUACAUAUCCAAAACACAUCAAACUGACGAAAGGUCAAUGGUCUUUCUUCUGCUCUUUACGUAGUCCACAUAAGAUACGUAACUUCUGGUGAAAUUGACAAUCAUAUUGCAAAUACAGAUGGGACUAUGCAAGAUCUCAUCUCGUAUCUGGUCGUAACAGAAAAAGUGUGCUUGGUGGUCAUCGACUUUGCUGGAUUGUCGACCAAUGUUGACGACUUGCGCAGCCUCAUUGAAAAUCACAAGAACUUACAAAGGAUAAUAGUAGAUCACCUACCUUACGAAAUUGAAGUGAAGAUCUACGAACGUGAUCUAUUAUUAUCCGAUCCUAGCGCCCUUGAAGCCUUCAGCUGUAGAAAAGGCUUUUACAAAAGAUCAAAAUAAAGAAAAAAUGUUGUACAAUUUGUCUCUUAAUGGAUAUGUAUUUUUCUUUUUGUAUUGGGGUUCCUUUUUUAAUGAAUAUAUGUAUAAAAUUCGGUAUAGGUAAACUAAAAAAAA